AUGAACAUCGCUCACCUCCCCAUCGAGGUCAUACAGAAAAUAGCCGGCCUCUGCCCGCUCGGCGACAUCCUAUCCCUCAGCUCCACAUGCCGAACUCUGCGCAACAGCUGCCAUGAUACCUUCGUGUUCCAGGAGUCUUUCCUGCAUCAUAUAAGCGAACCAACCUCUCCCCAGGUCACAACUAAGCUCGCCCUGCGCGAUUUGAUCCACAACUCUCUCGCCGCAAACGAAAGCUCGCAGCGAGUCAUCAUCUGGGCUCGGCUCGCAGCUGCGGCGUCGCGAAUGCCUCUGCUCGUUGAUGAAUUGGACCGGUUGCUGGAGCCUUAUGAGUCUGUCCCUUGGGAAUCGACGCUGCCCUGGCCGCAGCAAUUAGUCGAGCCUGUUGUCACUAUUGCUAGCACGAUCAACACCUUGGCUGUCCUUGGAUACCCAACAAUCAGCGACUUCACCGUAACUGCUGCUCUGGCCGGCUUCCUUACGCAUAUUCUCAACCAGAGGUUCUGGGGACAUGGCGAGCCCUUAGACCCACUUCAGACAGCCCAGCUCUCAUUCUGCUUCGCUAUCGGUGCUAUUGGCAACCGCGUGCUGAAUAACAUGAAAAUACUCUCGACACGCACAGCUAUAUUCUUGACUCUAGGCCGCGAUAAGUGUUUCCUAUCUAGCCAAUCUACCGGCUUCCUCGCCGCCGCCUGCAUGCCCUGGUUGUUGGGCUCGGAUCCGGCGGUCCACAACAGGGGUGACCUCCCUUACCUCCCAGCACUCCCGCUACUGAGUGCUAAUGGUCAAGGAAACCCAGGGAAUGUCGGCCUAGUCCCCCUCCCGGACGGAGUGCAAUCCACGUCUUCGGAUAACAGGGAUAUACCCGUCCAGGAGGCGAGUAAUAUGGCACCAUUGGUUUCUUCGAUGUAUUCAUUCACUCAAGCCCCUUCAUGGCAAUCGUGGUUACGCGCUACUGUAGAUGCCCUCGUCGAUGGCAUUGGACAGGGCGAGUGGAUUGGUUACUACACAAACGCCAUUAACAACGACAGGGAAGUGGACGCGCCUCUGAGAAAUAUUCACUUCAGCACCCUCCCAGAUCCGGACGACGGCAGCAGACUACUCCUCACGGCCAAUGAUUGUAUAGACGGUGUCGGGAGUUUCCGGUUAAAAGGGGAUUUGUCCCGUGAAACCGGUCGCGUGCGGCUGAUGAAGGAAUAUUAUAUCGGCCACUCUUGGUACAACCAGGGCUGGUUGACUCCCCUAGGCAUCGCGGGAUACUGGGCUUCCGAGCCAGAUCGUGCGCGAGGAUUGAUCUGGAUAUACAAGAAAGAGUGGACAAAAAGGCCAGCGCCAAAGAACGCCCGACAGGUGUGGGAGGGCAUAUUAAUUCCCGAGAACGGCGACAACAAUGCGUAG